UCGCAAGUCUGUAUUAAAUGCUACGCGUUUAUUUCCACUUAUGCAUAUUAUUGAAUUCCAUUUACAUUUCAAAUAUGAGACAGUACCUAUAUCAUAUUAUAAUAAUACGUGCUUAAAAUGAGUUGGUUCACCUUGCUAUAGAAACUUGUUUCUCCACACGAUUAGUUAGUAAAAAGAAUUCACAGCUAUUAAACUCAAUCUUAACUUCGUAAAUUAACAUCACGUAUACCUGUAUACCCGUGAUAAAUUACCGCAAAUUUCAACUUUCGUGACCAGAAGUUGAAAACUCAAGCAUAUAUGAAUAAUAUAAGUGAAAGUGAAACCAUCUUCUGCGUUAACGCACAAGAAGCAAGCGUAAUAGUAAGAAAUGCGUGCAAAUAUUAUGGUUCUGGAAAGGAAAUGGUUCAUAUCCUACAAAAUCUCAACAUGACUGUACCAAAAGGAGCAAUAUAUGGAUUAUUAGGUUCCAGCGGCUGUGGAAAAACUACUUUAAUAAAAUGUAUUGUUGGAAUGAAAAAGUUAAAUUCGGGAAAAAUGUGGGUAAUGGGAGGAUCGCCGGGUACAAAAGACAGUCAAGUUCCAGGUACAAAAAUUGGAUACAUGCCACAGGUAAAGCCACAGACAGUUGGAGUGCAGCUGGAAUUUACAACGGCUGAAACAAUGCGAUAUUUUGGAGCAAUUGCAGGACUAAGCUUUAAGAAAAUUAACGAAAAGAUUUGUUUCCUCAAGCAGUUGCUAAUGUUACCAGAUGUAGAUACACCCCUAGAAAACUUAAGUGGGGGCGAACGAAGAAGAAUAUCUUUCGCGGUAGCUUUAAUGCACGAUCCCGAGCUACUUAUUCUCGACGAGCCCACCGUGGGGUUAGAUCCACUCUUGAGAGAAAGUAUUUGGAAUUAUCUUUUGGAACUUUCGUGCAAAUCUAACACAACAGUUAUACUGACAACUCACUACAUUGAUGAAGCUCGUCAAGCUAAUACAGUUGCACUACUUCGCGAGGGAGUUCUUCUUUCGGAAGAAGCACCAGAUGCAUUGUUAUCGAGGUUAUCGGUUGCAACUUUGGAAGAGGCCUUUCUAACGUUAAGUGUGGCUCAAUGCAAAUGUAGCGGCUAUGAUGUCAAAAGCAGUGUUGAGGGACCGAUUAAUAUUCAGCAAACCGUAUUGAAGAAGGCCAAAAUAAAACAUAGUCAUUUAUCACCACUUCUGCGCAAGAAUGCUCAUUGGUUGCUAAAAAAUCCAGGAUUACUACUUUUUAGCAUAAUUAUUCCCAUUUUGCAAGUGAUUCUAUUUCAAUUUGCAAUAGGCCAUGACCCUGUCAGUCUAACCUUUGCAGUAGCGAACUAUGAGACUAAUCUCACAAACUGCAGCGUACCGACAUGCGAGAGUGAUCAGCUCAGUUGCAACUUUCUUCAUUAUCUUCAAACUCCAGCGGUUACUUUGUUGUAUUACGAUAACAUGGAUGAUGCUCUUGAAGCAGUGUUUAGGGGUAACGCUGAUGCGUCGAUCGUGUUCAGCCCUUAUUACACGUCGACUUUGAAGAAACGUCUCAAAUUAUCGCGUACUUUAGAUGACUGGGAUGCAUCCAAUUCAACUAUCGAAAUUCUACGAGAUUUAUCAACAUAUAAUAAGCCAAUGUUUGUACAAAAAGAAAUUAUGAACAAUUUUAAUAGAUUUAUCGGCGACUAUUUCGAAUCAUGUGGAUAUAGACGAACACUCAUAUCGUUACCAUUUAAGUGGAACGAGCACAUUUACGGAAAGGAAUUACCCGAUUUUACACAGUUUGCAAUACCAGCUCUCGUCUUGACUGCUAUAGGUUUUUUUUCUGCUAUUGCAAUGGCCUCGUCAAUAUUAACGGAAUUUCAAUCUGGAGUAACUGAACGGUCAUUGGUGAUGGGAGUAGACCGUCUUUAUCUGUUGAUAGCUCACUUUAUUACCGAAUUUGUUUUGACAGUCGGCCACAUAGUGGCUGUUAUUAUUUGUGUAGUUUUAGUUAUGGAUAUGCCAUUGCAUGGAUCAAUACUCCUUAUAAUUCUGAUGUGUCUGCUAAUGUCGCUGUGGGGGUUAUGCUUCGGGCUCACAAUGGCGACACUAUGCCCUACUGAUGCAGCAGCCACUUACAUGAUAUUGGGUUCCUUUUUUCCGGCCGGUAUCUUAGGUGGUUUAAUUUGGCCAGUUGAAGCCAUGCCUAAAGUUAUACAAUACAUCGCCAAGGUGCUACCAUUCGCUGGAAUUUCCGAUAGUGCGAGAAGUAUUUUACACAGAGGCUGGGAUUUAAGCAAUCCACAAUUAUAUACAACUGUGAUAUGUGUUAUAACUUGGAUUAUCAUAUUUUUAAUUUUCAGUACAAUAGCAGUAAGACUAAAGAAAUACUAAAUAAAUUCUUGAAAAGUAUGUAUUGACGCUACUAAGGCGAAACUUACCAUCUGUGCAGUGGAAAGAAAAAAAUUAUAAAUACAAAUAUUACAA